GUUUAUUAUCUAUGUCUAUGUAAAUAUGUUAUGGAAAGUCACCCAAUAACUCCUUAGAAUGGCACUAAGAAAAUUACAUCAUUUUCCGUCUGGCAGGAGGCCCAUCACAAGUGCCUUAUGCUAUCUAGCGGAGUUUGAAGCUACCUCGCGGAUCAGAAGCACCAAAUUAAAGGACACGGUCUCCAAUACAAUUGCCCUGCCGAAUCUCUGAUUUCAGCCGUUUUUUCGCAUAUCGGUCCGUCAGAACUGAUCAUAAAUGAAAUAUUUUUGAGACAUCGACAGCAGAUUGGCACGGUAGGGCACGGUCGUACCUCCGCUUGCGCCUCCUCCGAGGCCAGGAGCUAUAUACUGAGUGCAUAUUUCAAAACAAGGGCAUGGGAUUUCCCCUGAAAGCGGCGCAAGCCGAAGGGCUCGAGCGCGCCGCCAUCAACGACGAGCACGCUUAUGACGUCGGGAACGGUCAUCAGAGGCUUCGAAUAAGCAUAUACACGUCCUCGAGUCACGGAGUGCCAGGACCCCAGCACACCCGAUCGAUCUAUCAGUCGAAACAGACCAUGUCCUUUGUCGUCGAC